GUUGUUUACUUUGAGAAUAUACUUUUAGCUGGCAUCCGUUUCUGAAUUGGUCACUUAAUUGUUUGGUAAAGUAGAAAAUUUUGAACUUUCUUGGAAAGUCACAAAUAUUCCAUAUCCUUUUAACUCUUCAUUUCUUACUAGCUGGUAUAUAUAUAGUCGUUUUGGUUUAAAGGGUAUCCUUAUAUUUUAGCCUUACUUGUUGAUCUUCACUGGUUUUCGGAAUUUCUGGAAAAAUUUGGAGUUGAUGGGAAGUACUAAUUCGAAGGAGGGAAGUUGGAGACAAAGUUCGUCGAAUCGUUCCAAUUCAUUAUCGUCAUGGGAUUCGUAUUUUUUCUAUCCUCAGUCUUCAUAUGAUCUAGAAAGCCCCAAGUACAGCUAUGCUUCUCCGCAAUAUUAUCCGCAUUCGCAACACGAGCCGCCAUAUUAUCCGCCUACACGAGACCAUGGAAAUGAUAAAACGAUGUUGCAGAGGAGGUAUUCAAGCAUUGCAGAUAGCUACAACUCCUUAGAUCAGGUAACGGAGGCUCUUGCGAAUGCUGGACUCGAAUCGUCGAAUCUCAUUGUCGGUAUCGAUUUCACGAAGAGCAAUAUGUGGACAGGUAAAAGAUCAUUCAAUGGCAAAAGUUUACACCAUAUCGGAAAUUAUUUGAAUCCAUAUGAACAGGCAAUAUCGAUCAUUGGGAAAACCUUAUCUGUCUUUGAUGAAGAUAAUUUGAUUCCUUGUUUCGGAUUCGGUGAUGCAUCAACACAUGAUCAAGAUGUCUUCAGUUUUUAUCCGGAUAACCGAUUUUGUAACGGAUUCGAGGAAGUCUUAAGCCGAUAUAGAGAACUCGUGCCUCAUCUACGCCUUGCAGGACCUACGUCGUUUGCUCCUAUCAUCGAAAUGGCAAUGACCAUUGUCGAGCAGAGCCGUGGCCAGUACCAUGUGUUAGUGAUAAUCGCCGAUGGGCAGGUAACUAAAAGUACCGAUACUGGACGGGAUCGGCUAAGUCCGCAAGAGCAGAAAACUAUUGAUGUCAUAGUACAAGCAAGCAAGCUUCCAUUGUCGAUUAUAUUGGUUGGUGUCGGAGAUGGACCGUGGGACAUGAUGAAAGAGUUCGACGACAACAUUCCAGCUCGAGCCUUUGAUAAUUUCCGGUUCGUGAAUUUCACGGAAAUCAUGUCGAAGAAUACAACUCCGUCGCUCAAGGAAACGGAAUUUGCACUAACUGCCUUAAUGGAGAUUCCAUCACAGUACAAAGCUACCAUUGAGCUUAACAUUUUGGGCAAUAGGACAGGAAAUGUACCGGAUAGAGUUCCCCUACCUCUGCGUACUUACGGUGCCCCAUCUUUCAACAGCUCGAAACCGUCCUGCCGUACCGGUUUCCAACCAAGCGUCCCUCCGUGUCCCGAAAGUACUAGUCUUGUCAGCCCAACACCCUCAGCUCCAAUUUCCAUUUAUGAUAGCCAGCUUUGUCCCAUUUGUCUUGAUAACUCGAAAGACAUGGCAUUUGGUUGCGGCCAUCAGACAUGUGAAGGAUGUUCGAAAGAUCUUGAGACAUGUCCGAUAUGCCGGAGUUCGAUCGGAACGAAACUGAAGCUAUACUUGUGAUCAUAUUCUUUUAGUAAUUUGUUGUUGAUAAGAUGCAAAUAGUAAAUAGGUUUGAAGAUGUUAGAUUUUCUGAUAUUUUGAUUGAAAUUUCAUUUGUUUCUCAUUGUUUCCCUUCUGAAAUUACAAUCAAUUCUAUUUUUCAA